GUGGUCAAAAGGAAAAAAAAAAAAAAAAAAGAGAGAGAGAUAUAUACAGAAUCCAAAGACACUGAAGAAGAAAGCCAUUGACAUAACUAAGCUUCUUGGGGAUGUAGUAUCUUAAUUCUUGAAGGAAUAUAGAUUACAAAGAUCUUAAGCUCAGUAUUGUCUAUAUAUAACCUAAACCAAGAAAUUAUCUAGAGAUUUUCAACUCAAUUUCACUCAUUUGACUAUUUGAGUAUCUUUCGAAAACAUAUUUGAGCAGAGAGAGAGAGAGAGAGAAAGAUUUUUACAGCUGAUGAUGGUAUUCUGCACGGAUGACGCGGCCACAGGUGUUAGAGAUGCCUUCACUUAUUGUUACAGAUGCAAAGGUAGAAAAGUAACACUUUCGGAUCACGAAGAGGAUGAUGAUAACAAGCCUAUCGGAGAUUUUAACUACGACCAUGAAGUUGUUGUUUUCGAGAUUAGAAGUCGGGCAAUGGAGAAGCUAAGGAAGAAGUCAAGGAUAGGAAUGGAGAGACUAACUUACCAACCAACAAAGGAAUGCGACAUCGAGAAGGAAGAGGGUAACGAGUUUUGUUCAGUGAGAAGCAGUUUUUCAGAAUGUUGUAUGAGUGAUUUGAGCAUAGAAGGAUAUAUGACGGCGAAAACUGAGUUCUCGAAAACUUCAAGCUUAAAAGGUUUAGAGCUAGAGAAUCAAUGGAAGAUGCAUUACGUAAAUGAAAUUAGGAAAGGAUCAGUGAUUCAAGAGUUAUGUCACUGCCAAGGAUGGCCAUUUGGUUUGGGACGUAAAGCUGCAAUGCUUCCACCUCUUCCAAAGUCACCUGCCGAGUCAUGGUCUUGGAGGAAGCCAACAAGAGUUACUCCAAUUCCAUUCGUUUGAGAAAAAGCAGCUCUAAAUGUUGAAUCAUUAAAAACAAAAGAUCUCUCAUGUAAAGAAACAGAAACAAAUGAACGAACACAAGGGCCUGUUAAAAUCGUUGGAGCUGUGAGAUUAUUUUUCAAUUGGUGUUAAGCUCUAAAUUUGAAAGCUUCGUUUUGAGGAAACAAUGAACAAACUCACCUUA